GUUUCCCUUUUGGACUCCCUGUGGUGAUAUUAAAGCGGGGAACUCAAAAUGGCGGCCGUCAUGGAGUGUGACAGCAGCGACGACGAUGCAGACCUGAUGCAACCGAUCCUCGCUUUAAAACCAUUUACCGUCACUCAAGAUAUGAUUGACAGUGUCCUUGCUGUAUGUCCGGAUGUAAGUGUGGCGGACACUGGUCGCGAUUUGGAAAUAACGAGGAAUGUUUCGAGCACCAUUAAUCGCAUCUUCGAUGGUCAGUUUCUUUCAGGUUUUUCAACAUCCACCUAUUCUACAUCACACCAAUCUGACUGUCUACCCAUAGCAAAAUUCGCAGAUUCACAAAGAAAAGGAACCUCUACUACUUCCAUUAAGCAUAAUAAAGAUUUGAGCAUAACUGAUAUUGACUCUGACACCGAUGACAGUGAUAUUGUUGUCAUGAAGGGAGACAGAAUAAAAGCAUGCAGUGAAACAAAGCAAUGUUCAACUGACGACAAUCGAGCUGCUGGUGACACAAUGAUGAAAUCUGAUAGCAUUGAAUAUAAUGCCAAAGCAGCAUCAAAGUCCAAAAAGUGUAAAGUUCUAAAAAGAACCAGUAAAAUAUUUGACAUGACUCUUUCGGAGGAUGAAAUUGAUAUUGACUUUAAUGACAUAAGGCCCUCUUUGCAGUCAAAGAAAUUUGAUGAUAACAUUAUUGAUUUGAGCUUCACAGAGGACCUUGAUGUGUUACCAAAAACAAAAUCAAAAGGGUCUUACUGUAGUUGUGAAGGGAACAACACAAGAUGUACGAAUGAAGGAAUUGAUAGACUAGAGCAGUCACCAGACAAGUGUGAGGCCAGAUAUUCUGAUAUAUCGCCGUCAGGGUCAGAUUCUGAUGUACCUCUCAGCAGUGUCGCAUCUUUUUCUCAGUUCCGAGCACCUGCUAGUUUUGAUUCACAGUCCCAAGGGAGUGACAGUGACUGUUUGAAUUCGCAAGACUCACAGACUAGUAGGACUAGUAAUUCUUCAGGAAAAAGGAAAAAACUAACUCCUGAAGAUAGCCUAAGAAGAAAGCAAGCAGCACAAGAUAAGAAACAAGCCAAGGUGAGAGAAAAGCAAGCCAAGCAACAGGCUCAAGAGAAGAAACGACAAGAGAAAGAGAGAGACAAACUAUCAAAAAAGGCUGAGAUGAUGAAUCAGAAAAGCCAAAAAAAAGAUGAAUGUCUGAAGCUUAUAAAAGUUUGCCUGGACCCUAGUCUAAUAGCAACUGACCCCUGCAGUGAAGACCCCAUACUGUCCAAGCUUGCCACCCUAGACGUCGCUUACUCUAUUGAGCCACGCCUAUUCCCUGGCUGUGUGACUUGGCAUAGAGUGCAUCUUCAGCAUCGGGUUGAUGAAGAUCUACAGAUAACAUCAGAGAAAACGUUUGUUGAAGAGGGUCAUGUCCUUGCACAAGUCACUGCUGAUGAUUUUGUCGCCAUGGUGGACACGUACAAGAAGGUUCGCAUGGGUGAUUCCACGUCUAGCAGUACGCUAGAGUCGUUUUGCCGAAGACUUAUGAAUUUGUAUAGUAAAAAGGCCUUGAUACUUGCAGUAAUGGGAUUGGAAAAGUACUUCAGGAAUAUCAAAACGAUGCAAGCUCGUCAAUUCCGAAACGCCGUCCGAGGAGGCACCGAGGUCCCGACGACAGGAAAACAACGGAAGCGAGGCAGGGCAACCGAGAGGGUCCUGGUGACGAGAGUUGAUGUAGAGGAGGUUUUAGUGGAAUUAGAGCUGAGAGUGGGGUGUGGAGUACGCAUGCUCGACACUGCUCAGGAGUUCGCUGACUUUGUUGGAAUGAUGACCAAGUCCCUGGCCGAGGCACCUUUCAAAAAAUCUCAGCCUGAGGCAUUCAGCUUCUGUGUGGAUUCAUGGAACAAAGCAUCUGUCAAGGUGACGAAAGAUGGCGAGGGACUGCUAAAGGCUUGGCAACAGCAGAUCCAGCAGUUUACAAACGUGUCAGCUCAGAUGGCUGCCGCCAUUGUAUCAGUCUAUCCAUCACCCCAAAUGCUACUGAGGGCUUAUAAAAGGUGCAGCAGUGACACAGAAGCUUCUCGACUUCUGCAAGACAUCCCAGUGCGUCGAGGGGCUGGAGCCCUUGCCACCUCUAGGCGUAUUGGACCUGAACUGUCUCGCCGCAUUCAUCUAUUGUUCACAUCAUCAAAUGGCAAGGAAGUUCUUAAGUAAAAUAAAAGAUUAAUACUAGAUAGGCGAUAAGUACAUCGAUGGAGGCUUGGCUCCCUAAAUAAAAAGACUUGAAAGUUAUAUUCAGCACAAUAUCCAUUGUUUCAUUUGACCACUCUAAGAAAAACACAACUUUCACACAAAAUUCAAACAAAUAUAAGCUAAUACAGCCUUACAAUUUAGACUUUGCCAUUUUUUUGCUCCUGUCAAUGUAGCCUAGUCCUUGGCGGGGUUUCCUUUCCUGGCUCCCUGUGGUGUUUUGGGUUUCCUGUUGUUGAUGAUAUGAGAAAUUGGAAAUUGGUUCUCCCUCUCUUGCCUCAUGUUUAACCACAGGAGUCCCAAGCAAAAUGGCAGAGGUGCUUUUAGGACUUUGUUCUAUUUUCUCUUAACUGCCUCUUGAUUUUGAAAAACUAUCUAUAAUCUUUGUACACAUGAUUUGGGAUAAAAAAUGUAGAUGGAGAAAAAACUAGAUUAGGCAAUGUAGAUUUUCUACAAAAUUUAUUUGAAAUUCUACUUUGGAAAGCUAUCCAUAUAUUAAUUGUACAGUAUAGGUAUACUUUUAAAUUCGUACACCUACCUUUCUCAAAAAGUAUAAUGCUUAUAAGCAUAAAUAAAUAAAGUGUAUCAUUUUUU